AUGCAUCAGCAGUCGAAUAACAACCAUUCACAGCAGCCAACGAUCAAUCAAACAAGUGGCGGCUCUGGUCAUCAACAAAAUAAGAAGAAGAAUAGAUUUGAAUCAUCAGGUGGUCCUAGAUUUACAAAUGUUGUAGUUACUACAAGUCCUGCUUUUUAUUCAUUAAAUCAUCCUUCAAAUACUACAUCAUCAUCAUCCAAUCAACAACAACAAGGAGUUGGUUCAUCAAAUGGAGGAAAUUCCCUCAUGAUGACUGGUGGUAAUUCUUCUGUUUUAUCAUCAAGUGGUUCCAAUAAUAAUAAUAGCAGCAAUACAAUGAACAAUAAUCAACCUAAAAGCAAGCCUUAUAAAAGUCUUGUCUCUAAACCCGUUGUUCAAAUCAAAGGAACACCACAAAUAUUGGCAAAGAAACCAAGUACAGCUGAAUCAUCAUCAAAUUUAUCUAAUAAUAAUACUAUCAGCAACACUCCUGUUGGCAAUACACCAAAUCAACCUACUAUACUACAAAAGAAUCCAUCAGAGCCUUCCUCUAGAAGAAUUAAUCAACAUUUACAACCAGAAAUUAGUCAAAACUUUACCAGUGGUUCAUCACCAACUACUCUAAAUACUGGUAGUUUACCUCUUACAACUGUAAAAUCAUCAUUGGAUGAAAAUAUUAACAAGCAAGACUCUCCACAAACAACAAAUGGUUCUUCUAAUGUUGAAAAGAAGAAGGCUUCUAUUGAAAUGGUUCCAUUGUCUUUUGAUAAAAAGUGCUUGAAUUUAAUUCAAGAAAAUUCAUCUGGAAUGUAUAAUACAAUCCUUGAACUUCAAUCAAAUCAAAACUUACAAGCCAUGUCAAAUUUAUUUCCUAAUGAUAAGCAAGUUUCUACAGAAAGUAAUAAUUAUUCUGUUAUCGGAGUUAUUGGAAAACAAGGAAGUGGAAAAUCUAAAAUUUUAAACUCAUUGAUUGGAAGUGGAGCUGAAAUUUUCCCACAAGAAGAUUUGGAAUGUUUUUUGGAUUGCAAAUACAAAACUAGUGGUAUUGAUAUCUAUAGAACAUCAGAACAACAAAUCUUUAUCGACACUCAACCAUUAUUUUCAUCACAAAUUCAACAUUCCUUUAAUGGAAUGAGUAUGAAUUCUCUUAUGAAACCAUUUGAAACAUCAGUUGAAGCUGUAUCAAUUGCUGCCUUGGAAAGUUUUAUUGAUAUUACAAGUUUACAAAUUGCAUUGUUUGUAUUUAGUGUUUGUCAUGUUGUACUUGUAGUAGUUGAUCAUCAAGCAGAUUCACUUGAACAAUUUAAAAUGUAUCAAUUCAUUCAAACUAUUAGAAUGUUACAACAAGGUGUUCCAACAAUUUCACAAUGUGGAAAGAGUUCUUCUCAACAAAAACCAACUCUAGAAGGUCAUGUUCCAGAAGUUAUUUUUGUUUACAAUAAGGUUAGCCCAACAGAUAUGAGUGAAUUGAAUAUUAAACAUACAGAAAGUUUAUUGGAAAGCUACUUUACAAGUACAAGCUUUAGAAAGAAUGGAUUUAUUCAUCCACAUAUGUGGCACCAUCAAUUUAAGAAGAAUGACAUUGUCAAUUUCUUUAUGAUUCCAAUGGAAUCUUCAAAGAUUAAGGAUGAAUACAAGGAUUCUAUCAAUUUAUUAAGAAAAGGAAUUCAAAAUAUGCCAAAACCAAACUUGAAGAAAAUGUCUCAAAAUGAAUGGUUUGGAAAUUCUGUUAGAAACUUUGAAGUUAUCAAAAAGAGUUACUUUUUACAAGAAUAUAUUAGAAAGAUUACAAGUAGCAUGUCCAUUCACAAUUAG